UGCACCAUUCAAUCAGCGUUCAUCGCUCUUUCACCUCCGCGCUCGACUGUCCUCCCCUUCCAUCUAUCUCCCUUGAAGCAAGCAAACAACAACACUCAUUUUCGGCGGUGCAUACUCCGGCUCGAAUAGAUGCGCCAAGCUAUUGAUUCCUAUUCUAUUCUUGUCGUCGGUCACGGGGUUGUGAUCGCGUCUGCUGUUCCCAAUGAUGGCCAUGGAAACAGGCGAGAACGUGAACUCUUCGCGCAAACGACGACGAAGCUUUUCAAAGUCUCGAGAUGGGACCGAGGCCUCUUGGAGUGCCGGUGAAAGUGUUGCCGGCACUCGGAAUGCAAACAGAGCCUUGGGCGCUUCAAAGAGACUGAUCCCAAAAGCAAACACUGCCUGUGAGACCUGUCGCCAGAAGAAGGUAAAGUGCAAUGAAGGACAACCGAUCUGCGGCUAUUGUGACACUCACGGCUUUCGCUGUGAUUACCGGCAGCGGCCAGUUUCGAGUAGAGAACAGAUGGUGACUACACUACUUCAACGCCUAGCCCUUGUUGAAGAAAAAGUCGAGAGAGUUGAAAACGUUAUUCUAUCUGGAGCAGCCCCAGCCAACCGCCAGGCGAAGAUCACGCAAGCGGUGGCGUUUCCAAAUACACCUGUUGAGACACCUUCCCCCCUGGGAACAGACGCUCAGUUCCUGCUGCCAUCCGAUCAGCUAUGGUUCCAUCUCUUGUCGGAGGCCUCCGCUACAGUAGAUAGAGCUCCAAACAGUUACGAAACACCCGUUUCUCUCUCCGAUGAAGCGGCAACAAAGUCACGAUACCUGGGGAAAUCACCCUUCGCUUGUGAAGAAGACCGUGCUCCACUGUCUGACUCCACUAGCCAUAGCGAGCCGACCAAUACUGGUGAUAUCAGACCAUGGCUGCAAUAUUAUCUCGAACACGCAUGUCCCAUGUAUCCCGUGAUGUGCGACCCCAGUGCUCAAACCAUUUCAGAAUUUGUGGCAGCUCAAGGAUUCAGUGAAGAUAUAGAGUCAUGCUUCAGCCUCCUUAUUGUUGCUCUUGCAAAAGCGCAUAGGGAUGAGGACUCCACAGGAAGUGGUAUGUCUGACUUCCAUCGUGCAACUCAUAUCCUGAGCAGAGUCGGCACUCAGUUCAAGACGAAAUAUGUCCAAGCUCAUGUCCUCUCUGCACUAUUUCUACUGAAGAAGGGACGUCUACUUGAUUUCUGGAAAGCUUUGCACACGGGAUGCACACUGCUUUAUACAAUGCUCAAAAGGGACGAGGCAGAUAGCAUUGAAAGAGGUGUGCCAGAGAAAAUGAACAUAAGACGUAUCUACUGGAUUUGCGUGAACUUCGAACGCGAUGUACGGAACGAAAUUGAUGACACCCUAUCAUGUAGUCCAUUACCUGAACUACAGGACAGCUUCCCCUUGCCACUUGGCUGUGACGAGCUAGAUCUCUCACACUUGCCACCUCGGCUUCGCACCACCCUUACCUUCUUCCUGGCCGAGAUGUCUCUUAAAGCUAUUACAGAACGAAUUCUCACCACCGUCAAUCUAGAGUUUUACGUUCAAGACGUCCAAACUAGGAGAGUGGAGCUCUCACCUCUGUUCCAAGAACUUCGACGUCAGCUAGAUGAAUGGAUUGAAAGUGUACCCUCCUUGAACUGGUCAUCGGAACCCACGAAAGGCCUCGCAUCUCCUCUGGCCACAAGGGUGAAAUUGAUGUAUUGGUUUACCAGAUUUUCGUUGUUUAGGCCUCUCAUAAAACGCGUGUUGGGUGAUUCAGGCAGUAUGUUUCCAAUGCUAGGGUGGAAGCUUCUCCGAGAGGGUCUGCAAGCAGGCCAUUCUCUAAUUAAGGUGACGAUCUUGGAACAGUCGGAUAUUGAUGUUAUUAUAGCGAACAGGAUCCUUUCAACAAUUUGUCUACUUAGAGAAACAGUCGAAAAGGGUUAUUUCUCAGCAGGGCGGGAUGAGGAUAUAAGUGUUGUUCUGCAGGAAGGAAUAGAUGUGCUGUGGAACCAAUUAGUCGGGAAAUCAGAGUGGAUCAAAUGUAGGAUUUACAAUCUAUAA